UUCUAAAAUAAUGUCACAUAUCAUCAGACACAUACAUGGACAACACGCACCUUGACUGUUCAGAGAUUGGACAGCACCUAAUGAGAUGACGGCUAAUCCUCAGAGCUAAAGGCAGAGUAAUAGGCCUCUCGUGGACGCACACUCACACUAAUACAGACGUCACACACAUUCACAAACCUCAUAUUUAGAGCAAUUCCAGUUUCACAUGGAAAAAGAAGAAGAGAUAAAGAAGAUCCAGCUGAAUAAUAGUCACAGAAGGAGAAAAUACAGUGUGUUUACAGGUAUGUGUGGAGUCCAGAAACAGGGGAGGUGAUCUUCUUAAGAAGUGAGAGAGUGAAGGAAGAGUGGUACGAAUGUGAGCCACCGUUUAGCAUUGUCUGCUCUGUGACUGGACAGAGGGAAAAACCAUAACACAAGGUGUAAACGGAAAGUUUUAUGCUGUUGCCAUGGCGAGGCCAGGUCGCCCUGCGUCUGAGAGCUACCAGCCCGUCUGCUGCUCAGUCAGUCAGUCUGUGUCUUACUCCAGUGAGACAGGGAUAGUGGGGGUGGAGGACGACGAUGAGGCGCCCAUCUUCUCCCUCUCUAAGAGCUCAAUGGAUGUGGUCAUGGGGACGGGACAACCCCAUAAGCGUGACCCGGCCUGGAGCAGACUGGACCUAAGACGGAGCUCAAGCACCAACACACACCCUGAGCAGAACUCAGUGACCCACCAGCACCUUUAUCCCAACACGUGGCAGCAUGCGAACUCCCCAAACAACCAGGUAUUGCUUACAAAGCAGAACCUAGACCUGCACAACCCUCCUGCACUCAGUGAGCGCUGGAUCACCAACAUGCAGCGCUGGAGUGGGUGCAGCAGCAGCACCCACAGUCGCAGCAGCACUCCAGAGACGGUAGUGUGGAGGGGAACACAUUCACGCCCCUGGAGUCUAACCCAGGAAGCUGCUGGUUCUGUUACACCUGACUCUCCUGUCACCAAAGCAUCCCCUUCCCCGACCAUACCUCCAUUUAUUUCACCUUUGCACUCCCCCACUCUCCCCCUGGUAGAUGUUUUCUCAUCUCCUUCUCCUUCGCCAUAUUGUCUGUCCACACAUCUGCAGGAAGACUUACCCUUGCCUGCACCUUUGCCACUUCCGUCACCUUUACAAAACACCUCACCACCAUUAUCAAACCCAGCUAAUCUCCUUCACAUGGAAGAUGAUGGCUUCCCUGAGAGUCAACCACUCUCCUUUACAUUUCCUUCACCAGUCCCUUCCUCUGUUAGUCUAGGAAAAGGAGGUCUAGUUUCACAUCCUGGAGGCCUUGUUGACAAAGUGAUGGAAAGCCCUGAAAGAGAUGUAAAAAGAGAGCAAAUGUUUGGUUACCUGUUGACUAAUCCUGUGCCAGAGGGUCAGGAAUCAGGCCGAGGACCUUCAGUCUGCUAUCUAGAGUUGCCAGGUCAAAACCUUUCGAUGGGCCGAAGUUGGAAGACACCUCUGGUUUCUUCAUUAAGUGACUCCCAUUUGGGCAACUGCUGCAGGUGCAGUCACUCCAGAGAGUCAAACAGAGCCGCAAAUAUAGAGGUGAUCAGGGAAGAAGGUACAAUGACAUCCCAGGUGGACCUUGUAGAUGCAGCUGUGCAGACAGUUUCUCCUGUUGCCUCUUGGUCGAACCUCAGGAAGAACGUUUCAAACUCCAUCAUGGGCUCCCACUCCCUCUUGGGUUCUCCUCCUGGCUCAAGACUAAACCUAAGAUGCUCAGUUGGGUCUCACUCCAACCUGGUGUCUCCAUCCUCCAGCAUGUUCCCUGCAAGCAGUGGAGAAGAUGAUAGGGAAUAUGCAGAUGGCCCGUUAUGGGAUGAAAACUUGGCUUCCUACCAUGAUCUGUACAGGAAGAGGUCCUGUUUGAAGAACCACGGGGGGGAGAGGGACGAGCUGGGGAGGAGGAGCAGUAUGAAGCAGGUGCAGUGGGAUGAGGAAGGGAUGACGUGGGAUAUACAUGGAGCAUCUGUGGAGCCAGAAGUACUGGUUUCAGCAAUAAAGAAACAUCUGGAACUCAAGAUCACAGAGGAACCAAAAACCCCUCAGCUAGUAAAACGUUCAUCAAAGAAGAAAAAGGCACCAAAGCCUCCUGUGAGUCUAAAAGUUGUUGAUCAGAAUGCCCCGGCGAUUGUUAAUACAUCAAGCUGUGGGCUGGUGGCUGGAGGUGAGGUGAAGAAAGACGCAGUCAAAGAGAGGAAGCAGGAGGAAGGAGGCAAAAAAGACGGAGUAGCAGAGUCUGUGAGGAAAGUCAGUAAAACGGAUGGACAUAACACAAGAGAAGACAAGAGAGGAGAAGAAAUGGAGGUGUUAGAGGAGGCAGGAGCAGCUUGCAGUGAGUCGCCAUCACAUGGGAGUGGACACAGUCGGAAGAGGAAUGUGAUCAGGUCUCUGAGGAGGCCCGGGUGGUGUGGAGGCUCCAGGAAGGCUGAUGACUGAUGCUAAAGACUAAUAUAACCUACAACUACCCAUUACAUGCAAAUAACCACUAUUCAGUUUACAGUUUUAACCAUUUGCACAAACAACACCGUAGACAUUUCUGCUUGUUUAAACAUUAAACUGUAUGUUACCAGGUAUAUUUUUUCACUUAAAACUUAUAAUACUAUGACAUCUACAAAUUGCUUGAUCUAUUUUGUUGACUUAUGGGUUUACAUCAUAUCAAAUGUUUCUAAUGUUUCAGUCUAAUGGCCUAUUUGAUUUCUUAUCAUUCCAGUCACAUUCUCAUUAUUUAAGUUAACAUUUCAAAUCCCCCAAAACAC